UCUCAUUCAGUCAACCCCACAAAAUAAAUACAAACCAACACCUCUCUUGCCCUUAAUAUAGUCCGUAGUUCCCUUUGCCUUACCACACCAAUAGAUCUCUUCCUAGAGGAUAAUGGCCACCGUCGGGAACUCCCUCUUGCAGUUGCAGCCCCGCCGAGGCAUCAGCCUCCGGCUCCGGCGCCGCAGGAGUCUCCCUACAGUCAGGCUAGGAGGCGAGAGGCCGCGGCGGGGAGGUCUGCUCCUGAGGAGCUCAUGGAGGAGGAUGAGGCUGAAGUGGCUGAAAAUGAAGUACCAAAUCAUGCUCCGACGGAUGAAGGAGUACUACCAUAAGCUGAUAAAGGAGAUCGUCGAGGCCAGUGCCUACACCGAGGCUUUUCAGCAGAGGGUCCUGAUGGAGGCAGCCUGCGCAGUCCCCGUGAUGGCCGGGGUCAACUUCACAAGCUUCCGCUCCGACUCCAGAGCCAUGCCUGUAAUUAUGUGAAACUUUCCGGAUCCCUUUAUAAUUCUAAUUCUGUUUAUCUUUUUCACCUAAGGAAUCCCUUUACUAUCUGAUCACUCAUAAGUUUCUUUUUUUUUCCUUUUAUUUACUUAUUUUCUUGUUCUUGAUCUUAUAAUACAUCAUGCUAUAAAGGUCCACAAGUCAGAAAGUAAAAGAAGGAUGAAGAUGAAAGUUGUGCAGUCUC